AGCUAGCCGUUAGUCUUGAGAAGUUGCUAAGGCGCUUCGGGAGCAGCGUGCGCGCGGCCAGCUCCAUGGCAAUGUGCGAACGGAACCCUCUGAGCCCACCGGGCUAUGUCGGACCUCUGCUCAAUUUGGCCCCGACCCCCGAGACGCUGUACUUGUCCAACUUGCGGGGAGCCAGCGGCGGAGCGCAUCACAUGCCCCCGCUGCACCACCACCAUCACCACCACCAUCACCUCCCUUACAACAGGAGGGCAGAGCUGUGCACGCUCCCGUGGUCAAGUUCGUGCGCGUCCGGGUCGCCCGCGCAGAGCCGCGCCUUCGGAACCUACUGCCCGACGUUUCGCCCCAACUCGACCGCGCCCGGAACGGGGGAUUCGGCCAAGUCUCCCUUGCAGGAUGAGUCGGCUGCGCGGUGCCCGCCUGGUUCAGACCACAAGGUGCCGCAGUCGGGGGUACCUCACGAGGUUUACGCCGAGGAGCUGCGGGGAUACUUGGACGGGCACGGUUCGGCUGCUGGCCAUCUGGAGCAGGAGUGCGCGCGACGACUGCAUGUAAACAGCAAGCAGCAAGACCCAGCUCGGCCUUCGUCCACUCUCACGUGUUUUGCCGAAGGUGGUCCCUGGUGCUCGUCCCAGCAGGUGAGGAACAGAAAGAAGAGGAAGCCUUACUCCAAGCCUCAGCUGGCUGAGCUGGAGAGCGAGUUCCUUCUCAACGAAUUCAUCAACAGGCAGAAGCGCAAAGAGCUAUCGGACAGAUUGGAUCUGAGCGACCAGCAAGUGAAAAUUUGGUUCCAGAACCGCAGGAUGAAGAAGAAGAGACUCAUGAUGCGGGAGCAGGUCUUUGCUCCUUACUAAGUGGACUAAAACAUAAAAAAAUAAUAAAUAAAUAAAUAAAUAAAUAAAAGCCAAGAAAAAGAAGGAAAGACAAGAAAAGAAAGAAGACGCUCCUGGCUUGUGGACCACCACGGCAGCGCCACGUCACGUCUCGACUGGGUGGCGUGGGCUUUUAUUUAUAAACGUGUGUGAAAUGCUUGCAAUCCCCAUCACGGCAAGCAUUUCACACUUGGCGUUGGCUGCUUUGGAGGCGGCCCAAGAUCCACAUGUGCGUUUUUCACUCUCUGUCUUAUGAGUCGAGAAGCUCAAGUUCACGUUGACGCCCAUUUAAUUAUACAUAUUAUACAUAUGCAUGCUUGUCUAUUAUUUGAUUUGAUACAUUUCAUUGUAAAUAAAUGCGCCUUUACUUCCCUAAACACGCGUUGUGGAUGUCAACAUUGCUGGAAUGUGAAUUAUUUCGAAGUCUGUAUAGAGCCGAGUCAUGUUUCAACAUUUUUAGAAAACAAUUAAAUAACAACAAACGAGGGGAGUCGAUAUGCCUUGUGACUUAGAAUCCCCUCAAACAUUAAGAGAUUUUUUUUUUUUGCGAGCAAAUCAUUGGUUUAGCGAUGCCGUAAGCGUAAUAGCAUAGUUGCUUACGUCAUAUUUCAACGGAGAAGGGAUUGGGCGACAUAUUUAGCAAGCCCGCAUUAAUAAAAUGAAUGUCAAAUAUGUUAUCAGGUUUACCAUAAAAAAAAUAUUGUUGCCUUAUUUUCCAUCCUCUGUUUCCAAACACAUUGAAAUGUGCUAUUGGGCUAACACAUGUUGUGACAGUAAGUUUUGCAAUUAUGCUAUUAAGCAAAAAUGCUUGCUAAAAGUUGUUCUCAGUUUCUGGAGAAUUUUAACUAUGACUCAUGAUAAUGAUUGUGGUAGCAAGUUUAAAAAAAAGACUUAGGAAAUUGUGCUAUUAUGCUACAGAAUAUGGUCGCAUUUUCAAGUGUGUAUAUUAACCGUGAUUUCUGAUGGAAAUGCAUUCUUAGUAUUUGUCCAUGACAUGUAGAAAUAAAAUUGAAUGUUAUAUUUAGGCAUACCAAUUUUUAAAGAAAUACCUCAUGUGUUUUGGCGAACCUGUUCUCAUAAGCUGAUCCAACAAAAAUGUACAAUUUGUUUGACCUAACACAAAUGUAUGGAGCAGGAUGACGUCAUGUUUAUAAUAAAUACUAGUACCCAUCAA